AGCGUUUGAACCACAACAACAAACAUGGCGUUAAUCGUGGAGUGAUUAUACAUGAUUAAGAAAAUAAGAUUUACAUGCUUUUACGAAUUUUAUGUAACAUCUCAGAACGACGUGAACUAGGGUAGACGAGAUUCAAAAUGGAGAAAUACAUGUCCACGCGAUAAUAUUCGAAUCGACGCCAUUAGUACCAAACUUUUCAAGUUCCAUAGAUAUGCCUUGAAUCUGAGGAUAAAGGUGUUGUGCAUUGUGCAGUCAUCAUUAAUGUGGAUGUCUGAUGCCAGUAUGCCCAUAAUGGGGCAGUAUAAGUGUCGAUCUUCAUAUGACAGCAAAUUUUCAAAGGCAGAUAUAAGAAGGCAAAUAAAACUGUUCAAUGUAAAAUACGCCAGUAGUUGGAUAAAACAUCCAAAGUCGGCACAGUCAAAGUUUACAACAACAAUGGAGGAAUUAACUGCAUCCUCAUUCCGCAGGGCAACAGGCCAUUUUCAGCAACCCCUGAAAUUCUUAAUUGAGGUUAAGUUCCCAUUUUCAGCUCGAACAAUGACAAUUAAAGAGGCCUGUGCAAAUGUUGGGAUUUCCUUCUUGAAUGUGAUGCAAGGGAUGGUUCGCUGCACCUCAAAACAAAAUUUGAAUAUCGGCAUCAGAUUCAAGGACAACAUCACCUGAAAGACACCCAAUGCUGUGAUUUGCUAGUGUGGAUUCCAAGUGACACUCAAAUAAUUCACAUUGACAAGUAUGUAUUAUGGUCAACCUUUUAAGCGUGAUAGAGUUUAAUUAUAAUAAUGAAGUAUUUUUGCAGUCUAAAACACACACACAUAACCACAUGUACAUAUACUUUAUUAUGAUAUCAGUGGUGCAUCUAUCAAAGUUAUGUAAUUACAUGUAUAUUUAUUGAAUAAACAUUAUAGACAGAGUU